AUGACAUUUGGUCAUAACACCAGCAACAGCAACAGCUACAGCUACAGCAACAACUGCAACGCAUGUCAGCAGCACAUUACAGUGAACACUUCUCUGUGGCUCUGCUUGCUGCUCCACAUGAUGCACGCUGAUGAAUCGCUGGAUACACGCGAAGGCGUCGAUUUGGUGCUUCAGUGCCGUUUCACCGAGCAUUAUGAUUCGACUGACUUCACCUUCUACUGGGCCAGAUGGACCUGCUGUCCGACAUUGUUUGAGAACGUGGCCAUUGGCGAUGUGCAGCUCAACUCGAAUUAUCGGCUUGACUUUCGGCCAGGACGCGGCAUUUACGAUCUGCAAAUUAAGAACACCAGCUACAAUCGGGACAAUGGACGCUUUGAGUGCCGCAUCAAGGCCAAGGGCACCGGCGCCGAUGUGCAUCAAGAGUUCUACAAUGUAACGGUGCUAACAGCGCCGCAUCCGCCGAUGGUAACACCUGGCAACAUUGCGGUGGCCACCGAGGAGAAGCCACUGGAGUUGACCUGUAGCAGCGUUGGCGGCUCCCCGGACCCAACGAUAACGUAA